CACUGCCUUCCCAGCAAGCCCAACAGGUUUGCAGUGCAGGCCAUGAAGGCUCUGCUCUGCCGACUGCAGUGUGAAAAUGUGGUGGUGGCUAAGGAGCGCAAGGGUGGCUAGGACAUGAUGCUGUGUGCUCACAUCCAGCACUAUGCCGUGGGUCUGCUGGCCAGGAAGAUGCUCCGUGUUUUGAUCCCUUUGUGUUCUCGCAUCACACUCCACUUGCUCCGGCAGCUCAGCAGGGAGGAGCCGUGCUGGGAUCUGCCUGCCCUGGCAUUCCUUGUGGAGGUCCUCGAGUGCCUGGACACGACUAAAUGUGGUGACAGCAUGCUGGAGAUUAUGUCAAGGCACCUGCAGAACAAGUGCAGGGAGCGGCGUCGCCUGGCACUCAGAGGCCUCGUGGUGCCCAGCAAGGAUCCCUCGAUGGCCAGAAGAAUGUGCAGCGUGUCUCAAAGCCUUCUGGAGCUGUUGGGGGAUGGAGAUAGAGAGGUGGUCAGCUUGAGCCUCCAUGUGUUCACCAAUGUGCUCCAGCACAAAGACAUCCUGGUAUCCAGCACCACCGCCCCAAAGCUGGCUGAGGCACUCCUGCUGCUCUUUGAUCACGACAACAGCCAUGUGCAGUUGCUCUCCAUUCAACUCUUCUGUAAGGUGAUGGACUUGGUAGUGGAUGAGGGAAAAAAGCCCCUGGAGACAAUUGUGAACAAGAGCCUGGACACACUUUUCAUCUACUGUCAUGAUGACAACUGGCACGUGGCAAAGGCCUCUCGGGAAACGCUGCAUUGGGUGGCCAAGUACCUGAACAGGAGGGAUCUCGAACAAGUGGUGGAGAAGGAGCAGCUGUCAAAGUUUGCCGAGGUCCUGCUGGCAGAGGACAGGAGCCGAGCGGCCGAGCACCUGCGCCGGGCCCGGCCCUACCUGCAGAGCCCACAGGAGCCCCUGCGAGAGGCGGCCGUCAGGUUCAUGGGGAUGGCCGAGCGCAGCUCGAGGGGGCAGCAGGGAGAGCUCCAGCUGAUCUGCAAUGCCCUUCAAGCCCGGAGGCAGGAUGCCAGCCCGUCAUGCUCUAACCUGGAAAAUCAAGCCCAGUUUCCUCAAAGACCUAAAGAAUUAGGCACACCUUCUGGAUCCAGUGAACCAGUGUCCCAAGAACACACCCGGAGACAUUGAAGAGGACAUCACCUCUCAGUGCUGCUGGAACUCCUGGCAUAGCUGAUGCUGGGCACAGUUCUUGUGGCUUCAGCACUCUCCCUGCCUGUAGAUAGCUCCCUCCCUCUAGAUAGCUCCCUUCCUCCAGCCCCCAGACACUGCCCAUCACCUUUUUUUCUCUCCACAUGUCCUCCUUUUUGAUAGCUCUGCCUCACCAGCCCUCAGUCUAUUCAUCACCUUUUCUUCCCCUCCACUCUCCCUCCCUGUUGACAGCUCCCUACCUCCAGCCCUCAGACCCUGCCCAUCCCCUCUUUUCCCCUCCCCUCUCAUCUCUUUGUUUCAUCUUCCAUUAAUAAACGGUUUGGCUUCUUC